CUGAGCUCCUGCUGCAUGUAAGGGACCAGGACAAGGGGAGGAAAUAGCCCGAUCCAUAAACAUCCUGGCAGCCUCCAAACCUAAUGCCAGAAGCCCUCCUACAACAGCCCUCCUACUCCCACAGUCAGAAAGCAAGAAGUCACAUCAAGCACACAUCGGUGACAGCUAUUCAGCUAUUGGACUUUGAACUGUGUUAUACAGAUGGAUCUAUACAGAUGUGGCUUUGUUGUGUGGUUCGUUACUCAGCUGUCAGUUCCCUGUGACUCAUUUAACAUCGACACCAAGUGGCCAAAAAUCAUUAGGGGGUCGGCAGACGCACAGUUUGGAUACACAGUGCAACAACAUGAGGCGAACGGACAAAAAUGGCUUCUGGUUGGUGCCCCAUGGGCUGGUGUUGGGAAGAAAAGGACGGGGGAUGUUUACCGGUGCCCAGUGAGAAACCAGACAAACUAUGGAUGUGGGAAGCUGAACCUGGGAAGAGUAUCCCUGCCUUUUGUAUCGGAACAUAAGGACAACAUGCAGCUUGGAAUGACUUUAACCAGCAAUGCCAAGGACCAUUCCUUUGUGACCUGCGGGCCACUCUGGUCCCAUGAGUGCGGGAGCUCCUACUACAGCCCUGGGAUCUGCUGCAAAAUCAGCUCCAACUUCAAAAGUGCCCGGGCCUUUGCACCUGCCAUCCAGCGCUGUGAGACCUUUAUGGACAUUGUGAUCGUUUUAGAUGGCUCCAACAGUAUCUACCCUUGGUAUGAAGUCCAGAACUUCCUUAUAAAUAUUCUGAAGAAAUUUUACAUUGGACCUGGCCAGAUACGGCUGGCCAUUGUGCAGUACGGAGAGACAGCUGUGCAUGAGUUUGAGCUGAGGGACUACAAGUCUGUUACUGAUGUUGUCAAGGCUGCCAGGAAUAUCGAACAGCGAGGAGGGACAGAAACCAAUACAGCACAUGGCAUUGAGAUCGCACGGUCUGAGGCAUUCAGCAUCAGAAGAGGUGCAAGGAAGGAAGCCAAGAAGGUGAUGAUCGUCAUAACCGAUGGUGAAUCACAUGACAGCCCACAUCUAAAGCAAGUGAUUGAGGACAGCGAGCGGGACAACAUCACCAGAUAUGCCAUUGCGGUGCUGGGCUAUUACAACAGGAGAGGUAUCAAUCCAAGUGACUUCCUAAAAGAGAUUAAAUCAAUAGCCAGUCAUCCAGCCGAUAAACAUUUCUUCAAUGUCUCUGAUGAGGCAGCCCUGAAGGAUAUUGUGGAUGCACUCGGAGCAAGAAUCUUCAGCUUGGAAGGCACUAACAUUCGGAAUGAAACAUCUUUUCAGUUGGAAAUGUCACAAGCAGGGUUCUCAACCCACUUUGUGGAGGAUGGGAUCCUUCUUGGAGCGGUAGGGGCCUAUGAUUGGACAGGUGCUGUCUUAAAACAAACCAGUCACGGCCGAGUGAUCCCUUCCAAAGAUGCCUACAUGAAGGAAUUCCCAAAAGAGCUGAAAAACCAUGGGGCCUAUCUGGGCUACACCAUUACUUCAGUGAUGCCAAAAUCAGGUCGGAUUUGGUACGUAUCAGGCGCUCCCAGAUUCAACCACACCGGAAAAGUCAUAGUAUUCACAAUGAAAAAUGACGGCAGUGUCACCAUUCAGCAAUCCCUGAAGGGCCAACAGAUUGGGUCAUACUUUGGAAGCGAACUAUCUCCAGUGGAUGUUGAUGCUGAUGGGGUGACUGAUGUUUUAUUGGUCGGUGCUCCUAUGUUUUUCAGUGAUGGUAGAGAAAAGGGUAAAAUCUACAUCUAUUCCCUCUACAAGAGAAUUUUCAUUUUCAAUGGUUUUCUGGAAAUCUCUGACAAAUCCCAGAACUCCCGCUUUGGAUCUGCAAUCGCUGGUGUCCGUGAUCUCAACCAUGAUUCAUUCAACGAUGUGGUGGUCGGGGCACCCCUGGAGGAUGAUCAUCGUGGAGCAAUUUAUGUGUUUCAUGGAUACAAUAAAAAUAUCCUCAAGGAGUACAAACAGAGGAUUGGGGCCUCCGAAGUCAGCCACGGACUGCGGUAUUUCGGCCGCAGUAUCCAUGGACAGUUGGAUAUGAACAAUGAUGGAUUGGUGGAUCUGGCAGUAGGAGCACUCGGUAGUGCUGUUCAGUUAUGGUCCCGCAGUAUAAUCCAGGUGAAUGCCAGCAUGAGGUUCGAACCACGGAAAAUCAACAUUUUCAACAAGGACUGCAAGAGGAACGGCAAAGAGUGCAGUUGCAUGUCUGUAUUGGUCUGUUUUACAGUCACAGCCAAGUCGCCUGGCCUUCAGAAUGACAGCUUGAUCAUAAGGUACAACGUCUCCAUUGAUGAACGCAGAUAUACACCCAGGGCGCUGUUUGAUGACAACUUUGAGAAAUACAUUCACAGCAACAUCACCAUGGAACCUGAAUUAGAGACUUGUGAUCAAUUCUAUUUUCACGUUCUGGAUACGCUGGAUUACGUGAGACCCAUUGGAUUUAUAUUGGACUUUGGCCUCUUGGACCCAGAAUACGGCCCAGUCCUGGAUGAUGGGUGGCCGACCACAACCAGGACCACGCUUGGUUUCUGGAGUGAUUGUGGUGAAGAUGAACAUUGUGAUCCUGAUCUGGGGCUCCGAGCUCGUGCUGAUAUUUAUGGUUCCAGCCAAUUCCCCUUCACUGUUGAAAACAUAAGGAGGAGAAUCUCUGUGGAUGCCUGGCUGGAAAACAAGCGAGAGAACGCUUAUGGUACUGUGCUCAAUGUCACUUUCUCCAGGAACCUGCAGUUUGCAACACUCAUACAGAAGGAUGACACAGAAGUGAAAAUCGAUUGCAACAAUUUAGCAAAAUGGCCUAACAGUAAAGUGUGCACUGUCGCAUACCCAGUGUUCAGGUCCCACUCCAAGGUGGCUUUUCGAUUGGAGUUCGAAUUCAACCGUUUCAUCUUCCUGGACAAUGUGGCAAUUAGCCUAACUGUCAGCAGGUGA